AGAGAGAAGGACGGAAGACUCCGUCGCGGUCAGCCAGUCAUUCUCCUCCUCGUCCACUCCACCCAAGUCUGAAAAGAAGUGCACUCCGACUGCGCCGCCGUCGUCCACUGAAUCGAGUGGCUCCUCCUCCCCCACUCCCCACUCUGCCGACUAUCUCCGGGCCACGCCGCCUGGACCCGAGGACACAUUGGCGAGCGAGCAGGGGAGCGGAGCGAGCGCCGGCGUCCGGCCGCUGCGUGCCGGAGAGGAGCACGGAGGCCGCGCGCAGGCGACGCCAUCGUCCUUCCACUUCCGGUGCGUGUGAUAUCUAAGAACAUGGUCACCAGAGCUGCUCAAAUGGACGGUGGUGUUCCCUUGCCUGUGUAUCUGACUAUCAGCUCCUGACGGCCCGGUGCCGCAAACAGAGGAGCAUAUUCUUCUAGCUCCGCAGGUUGGCGUGCCAUCGCUUAUUGAUGAUCCAGAGUUUAUAACUUGGGGAGGUGGAGCUUCGAUGUGUGCUGAACUCUUCAGUUUCGUUCACUGGCUAUCAGUUUUCUAACAUCCAUGGAUCUGCCUUGUCAUCCGUGGAUGGCCAUGGUUAUCCUCCCCCUCCUCCUGCUCCUCGUGCCUCUCACCGCUGCCCAAUUGUGGCCAUCCUGUGGCGAGAGGGCGACUACAAAUCAAAUAGCACCUACGAAGCCAACCUCAAGCUCCUCUCAACCACCCUCCCGAAGAAAGCAGCGUCAAGCACCAACCUCUUUGCCACCGACACCGUUGGCAAUGUUCCGAAUGUCAUCUUCGCCCUCGCACUCUGCCGCGGGGACUCCAACGCCUCUGCCUGCGAGGGCUGUUUGGUUACUGCCUUCCAGGACGGGCAGGAGCACUGCGCGAACUAUAAGGACGCCGCUGUGUACUAUGAUAGCGAUCCUUGCAUGCUCAGGUUCUCCAACAAGAAUUUUCUCGCCACCACCGUCAAUGAACAUAUGCUCGUCAUUGUGAGCAUCGAGAGCUUGAUGGUGAACAUCUCGACAAGAGCCGACUCCUUCAGGCUCAUGUUGUUCACGCUUCUGAACAGCACGGCUCAAUCGGCCGCGAACAGCUCGAGGAGAUUCACUACCUCGCGCUUAGAUGUCAGCGUCAGCUCCUUGCCUACGCUCUACUGCCUUAUGCAGUGCACGCCAGACCUGACCGCCGAUGAGUGCACGGCAUGUUUGCAGCCUUACCUCCAGUAUACACUCAAAUACAUGGAUGGUAAGAAAGGUGGUCGAGUACUGGGGACACGGUGUAGCAUGAGGUACGAGAUAUUUCCAUUCUUCCAAGGGGACCCCAUGCUGCGUAUUAUCAACUUAGCACCUGAAGUUCCACCGAUCAACAGCACCAUGCCACUGAUUACCGUGAACCCACCCCCGCAGCCGCAGUCACAGUCGCCGGUUGCGGCGGCACCACCACCUCCGGAGGUGCAAGCGACCACCCAAGAACUUCAUGGACGCAAUUCACGCCGGAGGGCGCUCUGGAUUAUCGCUGCGGCAGCUCCAUUACUGUCAAUAUUUCUGUGUGCUAUCCUUUUUGUUGUAUGGAUAAGAAGACGAAGAAAAGGAACGGAAAUCUUACACGAUCAAGCUGCCGCGAAUAGGCCGGAAGAAGAUGAAUUGGUUUGGAGAUUGGAAGAGAAGAGUUCAGAGUUCACUUUGUUUGACUUAUCUGAGAUAUUGCAUGCUACACACGACUUCUCCAAAGAAAACCUACUUGGGCAAGGUGGUUUCGGCCCUGUCUACAAGGGCCAGUUAGCAGAUGGAACAGAAAUUGCAGUUAAAAGGCUUGCCUCGCAUUCAGGACAGGGUUUCACAGAAUUCAAAAAUGAAGUUGAACUUAUUGCAAAACUACAACACAGUAAUCUGGUCAAGCUCAUGGGAUGCUGCAUUAAGGGAGAGGAAAAACUUUUGGUGUACGAAUAUUUGCCAAAUAAGAGCUUGGACUUCUUUAUCUUUGAUGUGAGCCGAACAACUUUGGUUGAUUGGAACAAAAGAUGUGUGAUAAUCGAAGGGAUAGCCCAAGGUCUACUGUAUCUCCACAAGCACUCUCGGCUGCGCAUCAUACACAGAGACCUUAAGGCCAGUAACAUUCUCUUGGACCUGGAAAUGAAUCCUAAAAUUUCUGAUUUUGGGCUAGCAAAAAUUUUCAGCUCCAAUGAUACUCAAGGAAGCACAAAGAAGGUGGUGGGAACAUAUGGUUAUAUGGCUCCGGAGUAUGCGUCUGAAGGCAUUUACUCGAUCAAAUCUGACGUGUUCAGCUUUGGUGUGUUACUUCUUGAGAUCCUUAGUGGAAAAAGGAAUUCUGGUUUCCAUCAGCAUGAAGACUUUCUUAACCUCCUUGGAUAUUCAUGGCAUCUCUGGGAAGGAGGGAGAUGUCUUGAGCUUCUAGAAGCAUCGAUUGUUGAGGAGAUCCAUGCAGCGGAGGCUAGUAGGUACAUUAACAUUGCGCUAAUGUGCGUACAAGAGCGCGCAGACGAUCGGCCAACCAUGUCGAAUGUCGUCGCAAUGUUAAACAGCGAGAAUGCUAUUCUUCCAGAGCCUAAACAUCCGGCAUACUUCAACCUACGGGUAUCUAGGGAAGAUGAAUCGGGUAGUGUUCCAUACAGUAAUAAUGCCGUAACCAUCUGCAGUAAUAAUGACCUGACCAUCACUGAGGAGCCAGAUGGCAGAUAGUUGAUCACCUUGCUUCAGUUGUUGAUGGAAGUGCUAGCAAUCAGACAGCAGGCAGGCAGACCAGGUCAAGUAAACUAGAGCAGACCAAGUACAUAUUGUAUUUAGCUUUUGUGCAUUCGCACUAUCCUUUUGGACUGGCGGCUUCUGCCGUUGGAUUUAAAUGAGGAAGACUUGAAAUCCAAAAGAUUUCAAUCCUCAAGUAGCUGCAUUAGCUGAACCUGCUUAGUAUGUGUUGCAUGUAUAUGCACCUUUGAUGUUUUCCUCAAAAUUAAUUCCAUUGACGUGCAAGGCUAA